AUGGUGCAGAAGCCCCUAGUACAGCUAGUGCUGCUGCUCGCCUUUCUUGGGAGCCUGGGGGGAAAGGAGUCUCCGUCUCUGCCUUGUGGGUGCCACCAAGAAGACGACUUCAGAGUCACCUGCAAGAAUAUUCACCGUAUCCCCAGCCUUCCACCCAGUACACAGAUUCUGAAGCUUACCGAGACACAUAUGAAAACCAUUCCUAGUUGUGCGUUUUCAAAUCUGCCCAAUAUCUCCAGGAUUUAUUUAUCAAUAGACGUCACUCUGCAGCAGCUGGAAUCAUACUCCUUCUACAAUAUGAGUAAAAUGACUUACAUUGGAAUUUUCAACACUGGACUUAAAGUAUUUCCUGACCUGACCAAAGUUUAUUCCACCGAAGUAUUUUUUAUACUUGAAAUGACAGACAACCCUUUUGUGACUUCAAUUCCCAUGAAUGCUUUUCAGGGGCUGUGCAAUGAAACCUUGACCCUUUUUGGGGUUUAUAACUCAGGCUUUACGUCUGUAGAACAACAUUACCUGAACAAAAAUAAACACCUGACAGUUAUCAACAAGGAUGCAUUUGGAGGAGUAUACAGUGGACCAACCUUGCUAUCAAAUAUUGGUGGAGCAAUGGUGCAUGUUACGAGAUCUGACCUUUCUUAUCCAAGCCACUGCUGUGCUUUUAAGAAUCAGAAGAAAAUAAGAGGAUUCAUUGAGUCCUUAAUGUGCAAUGAAAGCAAUAUUCGGAGCCUGCGUCAAAAAAAAUCUAUGAAAGCCUCGAAUGGCCCCUUUUACCAGGAAUAUGAAGAGGACCCAGAUGACAGCAGUGCUGGGUACAAGAAAAGCUCCAAAUUCCAGGAUGCCCCCAGUAACUAUCAUUAUUAUGUGUUCUUUGAAGAACAAGAGGAUGAGAUCAUUGGUUUGGAGCAGGAGCUUAAAAAACCCCAGGAAGAGAGCCUACAGGCCUUUGACAGCCAUUAUGAUUACAUCGUGUGUGGAGGCAAUGAAGACAUUGUGUGCACCCCCAAGUCAGAUGAGUUCAACCCCUGUGAAGACAUAAUGGGCUACAAGUUCCUAAGAAUCGUGGUGUGGUUUGUGAGUCUACUGGCUCUUCUAGGCAAUGUUUUUGUCCUAUUUAUCCUCCUCACCAGCCACUACAAACUGACUGUCCCACGCUUUCUGAUGUGCAACUUGGCCUUUGCGGACUUCUGCAUGGGGAUGUACCUGCUCCUUAUUGCCUCUGUGGACCUCUACACUCACUCUGAGUACUACAAUCAUGCCAUUGACUGGCAGACAGGCCCUGGGUGCAACACAGCUGGGUUUUUCACUGUCUUUGCCAGUGAGCUAUCAGUGUACACACUGACGGUCAUCACCCUGGAGCGCUGGCAUGCCAUCACCUUUGCCAUGCGCCUAGACCGGAAGAUCCGCCUCAGACAUGCAUAUGUUAUCAUGGCCGGGGGUUGGGUUUGCUGCUUCCUGCUCGCCCUGCUCCCUUUAAUGGGAAUAAGUAGUUACGCCAAGGUCAGCAUCUGCCUGCCAAUGGAUACUGAGAACCCUCUUGCUCUGGCUUACGUUGUCCUUAUUCUGUUACUCAACAUAAUCGCCUUCAUCAUCGUAUGCUUCUGUUAUGUGAAGAUCUACAUAACAGUACGAAAUCCCCAAUACAACCCAGGAGCCAAAGACACCAAGAUUGCCAAGAGGAUGGCUGUGCUGGUCUUCACUGACUUCAUGUGCAUGGCCCCAAUUUCAUUCUAUGCUCUGUCAGCACUUAUGAACAAGCCUCUCAUCACCGUUACCAACUCCAAAAUCUUGCUGGUUCUCUUCUAUCCACUUAACUCUUGUGCCAAUCCAUUCCUCUAUGCCAUUUUCACCAAGGCCUUCCAAAGAGAUAUCUUCAUCCUGCUCAGCAAGUUUGGUGUCUGUAAACGCCAGGCUCAAGCAUACAGGGGCCAGAGAGUUUCUCUAAAGAAUAGUGCAGGUAUUCAGGUCCAAAAGAUCAUCCAGGACAUGAGACAAAAUCUUCCCAACAAUGAAGAUGACUAUGAACUGAUUGAAAACUCCCAUUUAAGACCAAAUAAGCAGGGCCAAACCUCAGAAGAGUAUAAGCAAACAGUAUUGUAGGUGGCGCUAUACUACUUGCAGCAGUAGGGGGACUUAACAAGGCUGGUUUCUUGAAUGUACUUUCCAGUCUCACAACACUCUCAAUGCACAGCUGAACUAACUUAACCC